AUGCAAGAGCAGUUAGAAUCAGAAUCGCGCAUAAUCUGGACCGCGAAUGCAAGCAGUGGAGUGGAAGAGCGGGAGAGCGGGAGAGGGACAGGUCAAGCAGACAGCAGGGCCCCGCGGGGAAAAGAGUGAGCUGGCUGACUUGAGUGCGCGCGCGCGCGCGUGGAGCGAGGCAGAGAUGAGACUCACGACUGAUUGCAAGACGCAACGCAACGCAACGCAACGCAACGCAACGCAACGCAAGCAACAAGGCUGGAGGGACGUGUUCUGCUCCGCUGCAUCCUUCUUGCCAUGUGUGCGUGCGACUUUUGCGGCAACAGCCACACCAUGGAGCAAGAGUCUGGGCCUGCAUUCGUGAUUCUUGCAAAGCGCAGGACGAUUGCCUCGCGCGCGGUCAUGGAAGCGCUCAGAGUCAAGAUUACGCACCGAGCAGCUGUUAUCCAGCCGACACUUUGCGCGCGCGCGCGCGCGCUGACAAUCACCGCACUCGUGUCGAGCUGUCUGUUGCCUCGCCGCCGUCUUUGCACCGCGUCUACGCAUUUCAUUGUUAAAUGGCUCACUCCAUCUUUACCCGCAGGCAAAAUGCAUUCCCCCAAACCUCCGUCAUCGCCUUUGCUCCAGGCGCUCCCUGCUCAUCACUCGUCGUCGUCGUCGUCGUCACCCUGCACCUCCUCCUACUCGUCACCGCUUCCGCAUCACAUACCAUGGGCGUCAAGCAAAAAACAAAGUGGGGCUCGUAUCAGGGCACUGCUUCAAAACUGGUCAUAGGCUUGGACAUGGGCACGACUUACAGCGGUGCUGCCUACGCUUUCCUCCGAGCUGGAGAAGAACCAAAAGUGGUCAAUGUAUGCAAAUUCCCCAGACAGCGACCGGGCGAAGGCUCCAAGGUGCCGUCAGGUGAGGUUGCGCUGCUCUCUCUCUUUCGGGCGGUCAGUGCAGUGCUUCAUCGCUCACGCCACCUUCAUUGCACUCUCAUGCAGUCCUCUUGUACUCGCACGAUGGGCAUUGCCUCGCUGUGGGUAGCGAAGUGGCCGAAAUGGAGGCGGUCAGCGCGGGUCCGACUGGCAGCAAGCUGCACAAGGCAGAGUGGUGGAAGCUUGCCCUCUGUCGAGAUGACCACCCAUCACGCAUCAAGGUGCAAGGCGCUACCAAAGACUCGCCCUUUCGCUACGACAAGGUGCAGCAGAUCCGUCUGCCGCCUGGCAAGAGCGCAAAAGAUUGCUACGUCGACUUUAUAAAGUGGAUGAUGCGCUGCGUCGAGUCGUACAUUAGGGACAAUAUCGCCUCUGGUGAAGCGCUCCUCAAGGAAACUAGCGCUUCGCGUGUGAUCGUCUGCGCCCAUCCGAAUGGCUGGGAAGGCUCGCAGCAAGAAGCUCUAAGGAGAUGCUUUGUCGAUGCUGCAGUCGUCGCUUCCGACAGAGCCAAGGCGCAAAUUCGCAUGGUGACGGAAGCCGAGUGCUCCUUGACCUAUGCUCUCAUGUCCCAGUCCAUGGCCAGCUGGACAGAGGUGAGGCGUGUGUCGAGGUAGCGCACGCCAUGUCGGCAGCGCAAAGUUGACACUCUCCCUUGCCCUUCUCUUUGCAGUGCGGAUCGCAAAUCGUCAUUGCGGACUGUGGAGGUGGCACGGUGGAUAUCAGCGCAUAUGCCGUCCAAGCUGUGGAGCCGAUUCUCUCCGUGCGAGAAGCUGCCAUCUCUCAAUGUGCGUAUCUCGAUUUAGUCCAGUACCCUGUGUAGCGCAACAACUCAUCGUGACUCGACGCGCGACUCCAGGUCUUGUGGCCGGCGCAACUCUGGUCGACGAGCGUGUGGCCCAGCACGUCAGAGGUGAGCGAAUGAAGAUCUCCAUCAUGGUCACUGCGCCUGCUCACGUCGCGCUUCUUUCUCAGCGCGCCUUCAAGGCACAAAAUACGGCGAUCCUGAAGACGUUGCCAAGAUCACGCAAGACAUCAUCAAGACGAUGAAAGAGUCAUUUACAAACGAGCGCACCCCCGUGUACGUUCGUGUUGGAGGUCCCAUGGAUGUGGAUGAACCUCUGAGCGUCAUCAAGGGCCAGCUCGUCAUACCAGGACAGACCAUCAGCGGAUUUUAUCAGCCUUCGAUCGAAGCGACUGCUGCUGCGAUCAGAGAAUCGAUCGCCUCUCUGCCCGCUUCGAGACACGCACGAGUGGCUCUUGUUGGCGGCUUUGCGGAAUCGACCUUCUUUAGGGAUCAGCUCAGAGCGCGAUUGGGAGGCCAGGUGUCCGUCGCAAAGCCCGACAGCUCGGCGUGAGUGCUUAAGUACAUCGCAGCUCAAGCGUCGCUCUUUCUGAUGCAUUUCAUCGCGCGCAGCACCAAGGCCGUGGCGCAUGGCGCCGUUGCGUGGGCCAUCGAAGGCGCGGUCAAGUCCCGACGGUCAAAGAUGGCUUACGGGGUGCGCGUAUCGGUGCCUUUUGACAAGACCAAUGCAGAGCAUGCCGAGCGAUCUGGGCGCAUCUUCAUAGGCGCCGACUCCCGGCCCAGACUUCCGCACGCUUUCCAAACGCUUCUCAGCAAGGUGAGUAGCAGAUCAACACCGUCCUCAUGCUUUACACCGUCCUCAUGCCUUGCUCGUCCUGAUGCCACCGUCGACGUGUCUAUAGGAAGCAGAGCAAGGAUCUGAAGAGGAUGUGGAGUACACCUUUGGCCUCACCAAAGGCAUCGACGAGCCCUUGACGGGUGCAUUCGACUUGCUCUGCUACCGCGCAGACGGCACGCCUCCAGCCUUUAUCGAUGAUGACGACGACCGUUUGUGAGUGCUACAGCGGCGGAGAAGUACGAAUGACGGCCUGACAUGAUUCUGCGCAUGUUUGCAGCGACACCCUCUGCAGGCUAGACGUCGAUCUCGAGCGUAUCAGCAAAGCUCUGGACGUGCAGACCACUGGCAACGGUCUCAAGUAUCGCUCGGUCAAGUUUGUCGUCAAGCUCAGUCUUGGUACCACGGAGCUGCAAGCGCAAUGGGUGCACAGCGGUAUCUGCGAGGUCACUGGCGAUGCCGCCGUCGUCUUUCUAGAGGAUCUGGAUCAUUUCCGCAAGCCGGCCGAGCCAAUGAUUGCGGCACCAGAACAACAGGUCGACUCGGGCGCUCUGCUGUUGGAUCUGCAUCGCGAGCCGGCACAAAGUCGUCCCGUGCACGGGCCUGCGCUUGAUACGGCUCGGCCAGUGCCGUGCCAGUAUCCUCGGACAGAUGCCGGUCCGAGGAUGCCAAGCCCUGUGCCUUCGAUUAGCGGCAGCAGCAUCUCUCGCAUAGCGCUGUCAGAUGGGGCGUACUCUGCUCAAGAGGAGGAGAUUCUCUCCCACAAAGCGCGCAUCGCAGACCUCGAAAGUCAGUUGCGUUCCUUGAAGGCUGGCGAUGCACCUCGACGCUCUAGACCCACAAGUUCGAGCGCUGCAUUUUCGACACCACCCUUGUCGGCAGCAUCGGAUGGUUUCGCCGACAUGCACGGCGCCGCAUCGCCCUCGACUCUGCCGACUAGGCAGCAGCAGCAGCCUGCUCAUCCAUUCUUUGGAGCUCUUGCCGCACAGCAGCGUCGCUCGAUCAUUCAAACGGUGGACGCACCUCUUUCCCCUCCUUCAGAUUGGGAACGUUCUCCACGUUCUGCGGAUCGCAGUGUCACCAGAAACGCUCGUGGGAACGCAUUCGAACGUCUCGAUGUCGCACCAGAGCACCAGAGUGAACAUCGGCACAUGCGUACUAGACGUCACCAUUUGCCCGCGGACGAGAUCGAUGACUGGCAACGUCGAGCACACAGAGUGGGGCCCAAAAGCCCUGGGUCAAGUCGUGGACCUCUUGCGUUUGAUGCGCGGGAACAGCUCGAAGAGCUUUUGCGCAAGAACAGCUCGCUGGACUCGCGCUCCUGCUCGCGCACACCAUCUCCUGUGGUCAGACCACAAGCGCGCCGCUCGCAGGGUAUGCAAGGCGAUUGGUCUGCACAAGCGGUGCUCACCGCGCCCGGAUCCAGUGCCUCGGCCGAGCAAGGCGGGCACACGACAAGACUGCAAGCCAAGUAUCCGGAUCGCGCGCCGGGAACCUUUGUUGAUGAGUUGGGCAUCACGCGGACCAAGAUUCCGCACGGAUACGCUGCACCGGCCUGGAAAAUCCAUCAAACGCUGGAGCGACUCGAAAUGCUGAGGUUCGGAGACGAGUUCAUCUCGGCAAAAGAGGCGCGACGAUGCGAGCAAGAUCUCGAGACGCAGCUAUACGUCGACGUGGCGCGUUGGAAUCAACAACAAGCUCAGUCAAUCGCCGCACACGCGGCGAGUGCUGGCACGCAUGGGGACAGCGACGUGGAUUAUGGCCGGCUUCAUCUUGCGCGGUAUGCUCGAGAGCUAGAAGAGCAAGAGCGUGGCCAGCAAAAGCUGGAAAGAUCCACACCAGAUGCACCCCUGCGGCGAGAGUACAGCGGCGAGGACAUGGCGCGUCCUCAGCGUCUCAGGUCAGAGCUUCGGCAGCAACAAGACUUGACCAGACUGGCAGGGCGCAAGCACGCUGAAAGCUCGGCGCAAGUUUGGACGGCUUCCGUCUCAUCACCAACAGAGGGGCAUUCGACAGCCUUGUACGACAGCGCUAUAGAUACCCCAGGCGAGUCAACGCGGCCCUUUCGCGGGCGCACGCACCCCCCACAAAGACAAGAGACUGCCCCUCCCCCAUACCCCAACUUUUUCUCCCACACGCAUGAAGCGUAG